AGCUAUAGUCGCGCUGUUUACUGUAAACGGUAUGCCUCCCAGGAUUGCUGACUCGGCUGAGUGGAAGAACAUGUGGGCAAUGGGAAACUGAGACUAUCAACCAGUUAGUCGCACAACACUCGAAGAUACUCAAAUCCCACAUGAGGCGGCACGUAUUCAUCUACUUGAUCUCGAAGAGCUCAAGAAGCAUGAAAACCUAACACUCAGUUUCGAUGGAGGGACGACUAAAGGUCUCGAAUCUGUGUACACUGUCCAUGUUACGACACCUGACCGACAGGUAAUCUUCUACGAGGGUAACGAGGCAUCAGAUGAGUCGCAUACAGGAGAGCACUUACAUGGCGUCAUUUCUCGGGUUAUGCGAGAGGUUGGGCCUGAACGUUUCCGGGGCCUGAGCUCAGACAACACUGGAAACACCUCGGUGGGACGUGUGCGGACACAUAACGAGUUUCCCUGGGUCUUCGUUCUUCCUGAUCCCUGUCAUGAGCUUGGAAACUUGGCAAAGGAUAUCGGUAAAAUUCCUUUCUUUAAGGAUGUCAUUGUUAAAAUCCGUGGCACCAUAAAGCACUUCAAGAAGUCAAGUUUCGCAACUGCUCACCUAAAGAGAGUGAGGAAGCAGCUUGGAAUUGGUCGUGGGCUUGUCUCAAUUGCUAAGACACGUUUUGCGACUGUGUAUUUUGCUGGAGAGUCAGUCCGACGUAACAAACCUGCAAUUGAGAGGUUAUGUCAGCAGGGACUCGUAAAGUUCAAGAACAAAGUUGUCAAUGAAGCAUUCUUAUCUGCACUUGCUGCCAGCACCUUCGCCAUGCAACUGGAUCAGUUGCUUGCUGUUCUCUCACCAGUUGCGAAGUCAGUCACUUGCCUUGAGUCGACAUUUUCAACUGUGUCAGAUGUCUUCACAUUCUACCUCGCUAUCAUGGCCGACAUUCAUGACUACAUUACAAGCCCGUACAAUCAGGUCCCGACUUCAGUGAAAGAGCAGAUUCGACUGCGAGCCAACUCGCGAUAUAAUAACACCAUCGGCUCGAGCGAUAUUUACCUCACAGGUUUCAUACUUGACCCACGCUAUCGAGGCUCAAGUAUUCUUCGCCAGUACAACCCUCUCAUAAUUCAGAAAAUCAAGCUUGGUCAUUUUAGAGAGACUUCUGCAGAGAGGCCAAAAACCAACAACCUACCUGAGCCUGUCCGUCGUGCGGGAAAGUUUCUUAUCAAGAUGCUACGCAUUGAGUAUGAGCAUCGUAACAUUCCCAUAGCAGGUUUGAGUGCGCGCGAGGCGCUUGAACAACUCAAGGAACAAGUACCACUAUACGUCAAGUCUGCCUAUCCUUUUAAUCGGCCGCUGAAGGAAUUAGAUGGGCCUCGAGAAUGGUGGACGCGCCUCAAACAUGUUGAGGAAGCACAGCCAUUAGCAGCAUUAGCAUGCAUGAUUUUUGAUAUUGUUCCCAACUCAAUGGCAGAGGAACGUACAGCAUCAACAUUCACAUGGCUGAAUAGUGACCUCCGUGCAUCGCAGAAGGUCCCAACUUUGGUACGGACAACACAGAUUAGGCAGCACAAACAGCGGAGAGCAAAGAAUAAGGUCUCACCCAAACAUCUCCCAACGGUUAAGUUCUGGGACUUGGGGAAGACUCUUAGUGCAGUAAAGAUUGGUGAAAAGCGCAAACGAUCAGAUCAAGAUGACAAGUCGGAUGGCAAGGAUACUCGUAGUGAUAGUGAAGAUGAAGAUACUGGGGAGUCAGAUGAUUCGGGCUCUGAAUCAGAGACUGAAGGUAGCGAGCACUUGGAGAACAAUGAAAGCCUGGGAAGAGAGGUCGAAGCACUUGAUGGGUUUGCUGCGGAAAUGGAUGUUGGUGUCAUCCUCACGUCGUUGGAGCUUCGGGAUAUACUGUCCGAGACAUCUUUGAUACCAGCAGCGAAGCCAGCACCUGUUGCAAAACAGGUGAAGAGCUCAAAGGCGGCGGAACGAGCAUUGACUGAGGAGGAUUGGUCGGAAUUUUAACUAUGUUGUAUUUUAGGUUUAUAACUAUGUUACUAACCUGUAUUUUGGGGGAAGUUC